AUGCCUCUGAGUGCCCAACCAUCGCUUGAGAGCAUUGGUUGGAAUAAAGGGAAGCAUGAUGUUGCGAAAAUUGCAAUUGGAGACUUUUGGUUCUAUAAUAACGUUCCAUUUCAUGCAACUAGGUCUCUAUAUGCCAUUACUGUUUGUGGUCAGGGGUUCAAAGCCCCUAAUGAUGAGGAGAUAAAAGACCCUAUUUUGAGUAAAACGAUAGCUGAUGUUAAAGCCAAAAUUGCCGAACAAUGUAGCACAGUGUUCUUGAAGUCAAUUGAUGCUUCAGGGAAUAUAAAAAUGCUGAGUAAAUUUCUUAUGGAGAGGCACCCCACCUUGUUUUGGGCCUCUUGUGCUGCUCAUUGCCUUGACCUCAUAUUGGACAAUCUUGGCAAAAUUCCAUGGAUUAAAACAUGUGUAGAGAUUGGAAGGAAUAUUUGUAAAUACAUAUAUAAUCAUGCAUGGGUCCUCAACUUUAUGGAAAAUUCCACAAAUAAGAAAGAGUUGGCUCAUUCAGGAAUUAUUCGAUUUGCAACAAAUUUUUUCACGUUGGAAUCCUUGCUUCAGUCCAAUGCGAGAUUGAAAUGCAUGUUUGUAAGUGAGGAGUGGACAACAUCAUCAUAUGCAAAGACCACUAUAGGGAUUGAGACAACUGAUCGAGUUUUUGAUGAGCAUAGCUUUUGGCAACCGACUAGGAAGAUUGUGCGAUUCAUAGAGCCUCUUCUUGUUCUCCUACGAGUUGCUCAUGGAGAGAAACUCGCAAUGGGCUACAUUUAUGAGGGCAUGGACAGGAUGCAUGGUGGGAGAUGUUUGGUGGAUCGAGAGGCAGAGGCAGUAGUGAUGGCAGAGGAGGAGGCUAGAGCACGAAGAGACCCAUUGGGGGACCCCGAGCCCGAGAAUGAUGCAGAUGAGGAUGUUGAUGUCAGUGAGGCCGAGCUUGAGACACAGGCAGAGAUCAUGGCUGCAGAAUGUUCGAAGACCUCUUUUAGGCACACACGUAGGAUAGUUGCGGGGUCGAGUGAUAUUGUCUCCUCCGAGCCUUAG